UUAAAUCCCUCCCUCUCUUAUUGUAGCUCCUUAAUCUAGUGUCUUUGGGCAGAUAAAAUGGAAAGAAAGUAAUACAACUUAUGCCACCCUAUUUUGUGUGCUGCUCUCAACCCCCCUCAAGAAAAGUGUCCCCAAAAAGUAAUUGAGUACAACGUGAAGGUGCUCAAAUAAUGCUAUCUCCUUUUACAAAAUCAUUAGCUGGUUGAACCCAGUCCUUAUUUUUUCGUCUCUCUCUCUCUCUGCUCUUGUGCUUCUGUCUCCUCCAUUUGACCUUUGCUGUGAUUUUAAGAGUCAGACAUUGACUCUGGGUUUUAGACCACCUUGGUUUCUAGUGCAUUCUGAUUCAGUGGCAUUUAUUGUCUAUCAAAAUAGGGUAAUGAUGUGGAAUAAAAAGUAUCCUAAUAAAAACAUGACUUUUCUAAGAUGUGUACUGUUUUCUUGAUGAAAAUCAGCAGGUAAAAGACACAUUGAUAUUAAAUGUGAGAAUUUUUGGCUGUGAUUCCUUAGUAUGAUAACUGUUCUGCCAGUUAAGUAAAAAAAAUUUUUUUUCGGUCUUUCUUUUAGUCAAGAUGAGUGAUAAGCCAGACUUGUCCGAAGUGGAGAAGUUUGACAGGUCAAAACUGAAGAAAACUAAUACUGAAGAAAAAAAUACUCUCCCCUCGAAGGAAACUAUCCAGCAGGAGAAAAAGUGUGUUCAAACAUCGUAAAAUGGGCAUCUCCUCCCAAGAUCAAAUUUCACUACUGCCAGAAUGUCUUGGUUUUAAGCUUGUUUUUUGUAAACCUUUGUGUUGUAAAGAUUUUAGGUGUCUUCUGAUGUCUUUUCACCCAUACUCCCUGGCUAAGAGGUCAGGGGUAGCCAAUGUUCCCUUAAGUUCAUUUUUAAACUUCCAUUGGUGCAUAAAUUCCAGCUGGCAGAUGCUGUCAAUAAUCUCACCAUCAAUGACCUUUGUUUUUGUAGUCCUUGAAUCCCCAAAGGAUAAGCCACUUUUAAAUUUAUACAGUGAAUGUGUUGAUUGUUCCAUAAUCUUCAUGGAGUGGCAUGCGUUUGCAGCUUCUCACAAGUUUAUUUUCAUUUCUAAUGUAGUGAUAAAAUAAUAAAUAUAAUCAUUAUGUUGA